AUGGCUUCUUUACAAACCACAUCUUUACUCUCUUCAUCCUCUUCUUCUCUGACAAAACUCAACGCUUCUAUCCAUCUUCCUAGCCCUCCACGAGUGAAUUUUUCGGUUCCAACAGUACCAUCAAGAAAGCUGCAGAUUCAUGAGCUUAAUGGAUCCAUCGACACAAUCCCAUCAGAGAAGAAUGCCAUCACAACGCAGAUAUAUGAAGAUCUAUACAGCCCCAGCAACAAAUCUAAAAGGGUCACUAUUCAACUCCACGCAAUUCUAGAGGAAGUCGCUGACAGAAUUGAAAUGCACAGAAACAUUGGCGAACAAAGAAACAACUGGAAUACCCUUCUUCUUAACUCCGUCAACAUGAUCACUCUCACUGCCACAGCCAUGUCUGGUGUUGCUGCAGCCACCACUGGUGACACUGGGGCACCGCUUUUGGCCUUGAAACUAUCAUCCACUCUCUUGUUUUCUGCGGCCACUGGAAUGUCACUUAUCAUGAGCAAAAUUCAGCCCUCGCAACUCGCUGAGGAGCAACGCAAUGCUACAAGGUUGUUUAAACAGCUUCAUACCCAUAUCCAAACCAGAAUCGCUCUUGGAAAUGCCACAGAGGAAGAUGUGAAGGGUUCAAUGGAGAAAGUGUUGGCACUCGACAGAGCUUACCCACUUCCCUUGCUGGGAGCCAUGCUUGAAAAAUUUCCCGCAAAAUAUGAACCUGCAGUGUGGUGGCCUUCAUCUCAGUUCCAAAGAAGAAGUAAAACACAAGAGAGAAAAAGAACUAAUAAUGGAUGGAGCGAAGAUCUUGAAAUGGAAUUGAGGGAAGUGAUUGAAGUGAUAAAGAAGAAAGACUCUGAAGAAUAUGAGAGACUAGGAAACAUAAUGUUGAAGGUAAACAAGAGUUUGGCGAUUGCAGGGCCUUUGCUUAGUGGCAUUGCAGCAGUGGGGUCUUCAUUUGUAGGGAAUGGGUCGUGGGCAGCAUUAGUACCUCUCAUUGCUGGCUCGUUGGCUUCGGCCGUUAAUGCUUUUGAGCAUGGUGGCCAAGUCGGCAUGGUCUUUGAAAUGUACAGAAACUGUGGGGGAUUCUUCACGCUUUUGGAAGAGACGAUCAAGGGCACACUUGAAGAGAAAGACGUUGAGAAAAGAGAAAACGGAGAGGUAUUUGAAAUGAAGGUGGCAAUGAAGUUGGGAAGAACCGUUUCGGAGCUGAGACACCUUGCCUCAAAAUCUGCUUCUUGUCGUGUGGAAGAGAUUGCCAUAGAUGAAUUCGCCAGCAAACUCAUUUAA